AUGGCCACCCACCUCGCCGCCGUCGCCCUCGCAAAAGGUGCACCCUUCGAGGUCCAAGCCCGCCCCACGCCAAAACCAGGCCCAGGCGAGCUCCUCAUCGCGGUCAAAUCCGUGGCCCUCAACCCAGCGGACUGCCACAUGCGUGAUCAAGGCCUCUUCAUACCCACCUACCCCACGGUCAUUGGCUUUGACAUCGCGGGGCUAGUUCUCGAAGUCGGCGACAACGUCCCCGUCGGUGCUUUCCAACCGGGGAUCACCCGCGUCGCCGCGUACGCCGCCUCCUUCUGGAGGUCCUACAAUCCUAACUACGGCGCCUUUCAGGAGCGGUGCCUGGUCCCUUGGCAGCAUGUCCUGCCUCUUCCUGAUAAGGGUAUUUCUUGGAACCAAGCGGCAACCUUGCCCGUCGCCGUCGAGGUACCCCUUAGCGCGUGGGAUAUCAUGGGGAUUUCGCGGGUGGGAGAAGCCACUGCUCCUCCUUCUUCAUCUUCUUCUGCCGUCUCCGCUGCCCUAGUCGGCGCCGAUACUAGCAGAGAAGCUCAGGAAAAUAAGGCUCAAAAGAGAGAGGCUCUCUUAGUCUGGGGCGCUUCCUCUAGCGUGGGCACAAUGGGCGUGCAAACCGCCCGGCUACUGCGGGAAUAUCGCGACUCUCCCUUUGCUGCGGUCUACGCCACGGCCGGGGCGGCGAAUGAGAAGUAUGUGCGCUCCCUAGGCGCGGAUCGCGUUUUCGAUUACAAAGAGCCGCGGGUUGUGGAUGCGAUUGUGUCCGCAGCCAGAGAGGACGGUCUAGUGAUUCGCCACUGCUUUCUUGCCACGGGGCAGCUGGCGCCAUGCCAGGCCGUGCUGAAAGCUUUCUUCAGGGAUGAUCAAGGCUUCAGGGAUAAUCAAGGGAGAGAGAAGCUGAAGGCGAAGAUCGGGUCGGCGCCGCUUAUUCCUCUAGAUGCGGAGGAGGUAGACGGGGUGGAAACCAUCUUUGUGAUGCCGUCGAUGGACGAAGGCGAGAGGGUAGCUCAGUUCCAAUAUUGGAUGGGGCCGUGGCUGAGGGAGAAACUGGCCAACGGGACGAUCAGGCCGAGCCCGGAACCGAGGGUUGUGGGAAAGGGUUUGGAGGCUAUUAAUGCUGGGUUGGAUGUGCUAGCCCGGGGGGUGAGUCGUACGAAGUUGGUGAUAGAGGUUGCAGAGUGA